AUGAUCGACUGUAGCACAGCCGAUGAUUUGCGUUCUGUCUCUUUCAGGCAAGCUUCCUGGACCAUCACGCUCCAGACAGGGACGAGCGCCGAUGGUAGCCGUGUGGACUGCAGAUACGCCCGCUGCUUAGCGUGUAGACGAGACGAGAAGCCUGAUCUUGCCACCAUGGGCGUCCUUCAUCAAGCCCGUGUCUUCCUCUGGGGCGAGAAACCCGCCACCAAGCUCGAACAGCGUCUUCUCCUCAAGAUCGACCUCGUUGUGAUGACCUUCUGCACGCUCCUCUUCCUCUCCAACUACCUCAACCGCGCCAACUUCGCCAACGCCUACCUCACCGGUAUGAAGGAGGACCUCAAGUUCCACGGCAAACAGUUCAACCAGGUUCAGUCCAUCUUCACCGCCGGCUACAUCAUCGGUCUUGCGCCCAACAACCUCAUCCUUCAGGUGGUACCACCACGAUUCUGGUUGCCCUUCUGCGGUGCGAUGUGGGGCAUCUUGUCGGCGUGUUUGGCGGCAGCCAAGACGCCGGAACAGGUGAUGGCGAUUCGAUUCUUGCAGGCACUGUUUGAGUCGUCUACCUUCACCGGUUGUCACUGGAUCCUGGGGUCGUGGUACAAGGAGGAGGAGUUGGGCAAGAGGUCCGGUAUCUUUUCGACCUUUGCUCAGAUGGGUUCUCUGUGGUCCGGUGUGAUGCAAGGCAGGAUCAGUCAGACGAUGAAUGGUCAUCUCGGCCUCAAGAGCUACCAGUGGUUGUUCAUCAUCGACUUCGCCCUAGCCAUCCCCAUCGCCCUCUUCGGCUUUCUCCUCUUCCCCGACACACCCAGGAAGACGAAAGCGUGGUUCCUGAACGAAGAGGAACGUCAGUGCGCCGUGGAGAGGUUACCGCAGCACGAACCGACCAAGAUGUCGUGGGAUCUGCUCAAGAGGGUCUUCGGGAGGUGGCACGUGUACAUGUUUGGAAUGUUGUUCGGAUUCGGAAGCAUGUUGGAAUCGGCAGGCAUCAACAGCGUGAUGGGAUUCUGGUUCAAAUCGAUGAAGUUCAGCAAGGCUCAGAUCAACUACUAUCCGUUGAGUCUGAUCAGCAUCGCCAUCGCGCUGACGCUCGUCGCCGCGUACACGACGGACUACGUAGGUAGCAGAUGGUGGGUCAAUCCGGUGAUGGGUGUCAUCGUCAGCGUCAGCUCGAUCAUGCUUUUGGUGUGGGACAUUCCUUACGGCGCCAAGUUCUUCGCCUUUGCGAUCCAGGGCGCGGGCUACAUGGGUCAAGCGACCAACUUUGCCUGGGCAAACAUCGCCUGCAUGGAGGACGAACAGGAGAGAGCGAUGGUCCUGGCUGCCAUGAACGUCUUUUCCAAUGUGGUCAACUCCUGGUGGAACUUUACCUUUUGGGCAGCAACCGAUGCUCCCAGGUAUACAAAAGGUUGGAUCAGCAUGUUUCCCCUGUCGGUCUUUGUUACCGUGAUUGCGUUGGGCAUCGUCUAUUUGGAGAGGAGGGACAGGAGGAGGAAGCUCGGCAUGUAUCCCAACGGAGAGGAGCAGGAGGUCCAGGGUCAUGUGGUGACGUUGCCGGCGGAAAAGGGGACUGUCGACGUCGACGACUCCUCGUCAGAUGGCAAAGGAAAGCCCUGA